AUGGAAGUGGUAACGUACGAUAGGUUGGUUGCAGAUUUUGAGGCUCUAGAAUGCGUCCGCCGCCAGCGUGAACGGCGAGAAGCCGGCAGGGCAAAGAAGGAGCCUCCCGACAGCGGUAGCAGCGGAGGCGCUCUGGCAGCCGAGGAAGCGACGGAGCGGUAUCUAUCCAAGAUGCCUGCAGCACGCGAGACGAGGGAAGCGGUGUCGGCAUGCUGGCGGGCGCUUUCCGAGCAUGAACAUUUCUGCCGGCUCACUACUCCCGAGAAGCUUCAGAUGAUAAACCACCGCCCGUCCCAGGCUGUGGCAGUGCACUUGGUGAGCGAGCAAGCCUCUUUGGAUAAAAAUUGA